AUGGCGGCUAACAGCAUACCUCUCCACUGCAACAUCUGCCCAAAGAAACCCAAUUUCAGCGAUGUAUCUCAUCUGCUUACUCACAUUUCAAGCAAGGCACACCUGGCCAAUCAUUACAAGGUCAGACUCCGUGCAGCCUGUGAGGAGGAGUCUCGCCAGAUGCUAGAGGCCUACGAUCGCUGGUAUGCCGAAUGGAAUGUCGAGGAGCUGAUGUCGGAGCGGAUGGUGCAGAAGGACAACAAGCGGAGGGCACGAUCGAGGCUUCCAACUAGGUUUCCAUCUAUGCAACCGAAACUUGAAGCUCCCACCCCAGUGUCCGCUCGUUCCCAAGCCGCCGUCGGUGACCUCCUCGAUCCACGUCUUUAUGAGCAACCCCCACAACAGCUGGUAGCCACGCAAAAUGAGGCUGCCGUGGUUCCAGCACUCACUUCACAAACUGGCCCAGUUCUUCGACAGCGCCCAUACGUGCCUCGCAUGCAAUACUGGGCUAUGGACUCCCGCUCUACCUCGCAGAGCUACACAACCCCAGACUACGAGACCUCGAGCGAGUACUCGGAACCGAGCACUCGGGGGCGAUUUGUCCGAGCAGCACGAGGGUCUGUUGUGAUGGAAGACCCUUUCAGCGCCCCUGAAGUCUCCGUAGAAGACCCAAUGGCUGUCAGCGAGUCCACCAGACUCAAGGGGGUCUACUGGCCAGGAAUGAAUAUCUUUGACUCUGCCACUCCUGAGAUGCGCCGUAAACGCAACCAGAAGAAGGAUAGCUCGGUAGUUGAGCGGCUAGAAGUAAAUUCUCAGGGUGUCGAACCAACAGAGAUGAUCUUCACUCCUCGUGGCUCAUUCAAACGCCAGCGGAGGAUGUCCUGUUCCGAGUUUGAUGACGAUGAGGAGGACAACCCAGUCCCUCGAAAGAGUCCUAGGGCUCCUUCGAGACGACCAGCAUUGGCAAAUCUGGAUGUCAAUGCUAGUCGCCGCCCGCGUCAAGCCUCUCGCACCCAAGGCUUCUUACCUGCUCGAGGUCAGCAUAACGGCCGCAACAAUACCGCCUAUGCUGUUGAUGGCUUCGCACCCCGAAAGCGUCGCACCUUUGAGGUUUUCCAAGACGAUGAAGUGCCCUUCGGGCAGCCUGCGGGAUUCGAAUAUCUCACAGCGGGUUUCCGCCCUCAUCAGGUGUCACCCUCUCCGGCUCCCACAUUUCCGUACAAGGCCUAUGGAGGGCUCUACCAGAACGAGGACAAAGAGAAUGCCACCCCAUCCUUUCAGGAGCCAAUCUACGACAUGCACCACCAUGGCCACGGCUCCCACAUUUCGAAUGGCUUGCCUCUCCAUGCCUUCACCUACGGUCUAGGCCAGGACCAGCACGCUUUUCAAUACAACAACCAUCUAUACAUGAACAACAUUUAUCAGCAGCAAACUGAGGGUGAAGUUGAUGACGCCCGUACCCUCACCGCCUCGCCAUCGCCAUCUACCGGCUAGAUCGAUUGACAUGGCCGCACAGCUGCCUUUCAGCAGGACGACCCCGAUUAUUUAUCCCCCCAGUUCCGGCUUACUUCGUUUCUCUACAUCAUAAAACGUUUUCCCAAAAGUUUCGUACCAGCGGCUUUUGCAUCGCCCAGUUCAACUCAAUCGCUUCUCGCUUGGAGGACAUUCUAUUCUUGCCAACGAGCAUAGACUUUACUUACACUUCGAUUACAGACAAUAUCAGACGCUACGGCAGCUUACCGUAUGCCGUCAGGUUACAAGAUUAUUUAGUACCGGCGAAAGAAGCAUGUUGCUAUUUCAUUAUAACGCGUAACGAGUU